AUGUCUGUCACCCGCGUUGCAUGGAGUCCAGAUGGAAAUUUCAUUGGUAAGUUCCGUUUCAUGCAUUGUGAGAUUUUAAUUGGUCUCUGGUCUCAGUCUCUUUUUAAUGCAGGGGUUGCAUAUAAGAAACAUCUUAUUCACUUGUAUGCUUUCUCUGGACCAAACGAUCUUCGCCAGCAUGCUGAGGUUAAUGCUCAUGUGGGUGCUGUGAACGACUUGGCUUUUGCUAAUCCAAACAGACAGUUGUGUGUAGUUACUUGCGGAGAUGAUAAGUUAAUUAAGGUAUGGGACGUUUCAGGUCGGAAGCAUUUUACCUUUGAAGGUCACGAUGCUCAUGUGUAUUCCAUUUGCCCUCAUCACAAAGAGAACAUUCAGUUCAUAUUUUCAAUGGCCAUAGAUGGGAAAAUAAAGUCCUGGCUUUAUGAUAAUAUGGGUUCCAGAGUUGACUAUGAUGCUCCCGGUAAAUGGUGUACCACAAUGCUUUAUAGCGCUGAUGGGACCAGAUUGUUCUCUUGUGCAACGAGUAAAGAUGGAGAUUUUUUCCUAGUUGAGUGGAACGAAAGUGAAGGAUCAAUUAAAAGGACCUAUCUUGGGUUUCAGAAAAAGUUGGCGGGUAAUUUUCAGUUCGAUACCUCAAAGAACCACUUUCUGGCUGUUGGUGAAGAUGGGCAAAUCAAGUUCUGGGAUAUGGACAACAUCAAUGUUCUGACUAGCACUGAUGCUAAGGGUGGACUUCCGGCUCUUCCUCAUUUGAGAUUUAACCGGGAAGGAAAUAUUCUAUCCGUAACUACAGCAGACAACGGAUUUAAGAUCCUAGCAAACCAAGCUGGUUUUCGAUUUCUGAGAGCCGUGGAAACUUCAGCUUUUGAAAAGAUGAGGACUCCAGCUGAUUCUCCUUUAAUUAAGGCUGUAAUGUUUCCCAACUUUGUGGUAUAUAUUUUCUUUAAUCAUUUCAAAUGUUUUUGUUGUUGUGGCAAACCCUUAAAGAAUGGAGUUGAUCCCCCAGAGCCAAGAAUCGGUGACUCAACAGACAAACCAAAACCUUGGCAAUUAGCUGAAAUCUUGGAACCUAGUAGAGGUGUCGUUCGGCUUCUGUAUACGAAUUCUGGCACUGGAAUAUUGGCACUAGGUUUUAACGGUAUUCAGAGGCUCUGGAAGUGGAUUCGCAAUGAGCAAAACCCUAGUGGAAAGGCAACUGCUGCUGCUGCUCCUCAGCAUUGGCAACCAAACAGUGGUCUUCUCAUGACCAACGAUGUCUCUGGUGUAAACCUUGAAGAGGCCAACUCAUGCAUUGCUCUUUCUAAGAACGACUCAUAUGUCAUUUCGGCUGCUGGAGGAAAAGUCUCGUUGUUCAACAUGAUGACUUUCAAGGUCAAAUCAAAGCUAAAGGGUCACCUGAAACGCAUCACCGGAUUAGCAUUUUCUACAACCCUCAAAAUCUUGGUUUCAUCCGGUGCUGAUGCACAGAUAUGCUUUUGGAGCAUUGACAAUGGAGACACACGUGUUCAGUUUCAUGUGGAUCAGAUCCUGUUCGACGCAGACACGCUUAGAUUAAGAUGCCGUAUCUCUCCAUCCGCCUACUUGCCUCAAGGGAACCAAGGUUUGUCCCCUCUAGUUGUGGCAGCUCACCCGCAAGAGCCAAACCAGUUUGCGGUCGGUUUAAAUGACGGGUCAGUUAAGGUGAUAGAGCCGACCGAGGCUGAAGGCAAAUGGGGGAUGGCUCCACCACCCUCUGAAGCCAUCAAUACUUCACCAUCCACUACAAGCAACCAAACUCCAGAACAGUUACAAAUAUGA